UCUCUCUCUCUCUCUCUCUCUCUCACACACUUUUCAAAAUUCAAACCCUAAUUUCCAUCGGCGAUUUGAGAUUGUUUCUGAUUGAACGAAGAUCUCGGCGGCUCGAUUUUCAAAGUCUCUCAGGUUUGCUAUUGCAAUUAGAUUUAGUUUUAGAUUUAGAAUUUCUUUAGCUAUGAUCGCACCGACUUUUGUAAUGAUCGAAUCUAUUCUCAGCCUUGGACAAUGUUACCAAAGUAAUUUACUUUCUCUAGGGUUUGCCGAUGGAUCGGCGAUUAGGUUUUGGAAGUUUGUAUUUUGUUAUGUAUUUGAUAAGGGAUUUUGGAAUUUUCUAUAAGCUGUUAUUGCCAAAUCAGAAUUUCAAGAUUCUUCGGCUUCUUUAGGGUUACUGUUAUAGCAAGAAUCCUAAAAAUGGUGGAACUGGGAAUUUUCUGGAUACUUUAGUAGGGUUUCUGUUUUGGGAGAACUGAGAAUUUAAAAUCCUUGAUUGGUUUUUGAUUUGGAAGAUUUUCUUCCAUGGAAGAAAGAGAUUGGUUUUUGUUUUUGGCUGCUUCACUUUGUGGAAGGCUUUAUUCAUUGGUUUCCUAUUCCUGUUAUUUGUGGGUGUUUAUAGUAUGGAGAUUAAAACUGCAAGAAGAGGGCCACAGGGAAAAGAAAGUUCUGUUUUUGAUCGAUUAGGAGCAGGACGAGGAGGGCAUUUAAACAACAGCAGCAACAAGAUAUGCAAAUUUUGGCUCAGUGGUAGAUGCCUUAAAAACCCAUGUAGGUUUGCCCAUUCAGAAACACCUGAUGUGGCCACCAUUCACCGUCCCAGGCAGACUCCUUACUACCCUCACUCCAGCAACGCUUUAGUUUCGAAUACUUGGCGAAGGGCUCCUAGGAUUUCACAAAAUGUUCAGGAGAAGGUUGUUAACCACAAGUCUUGCGAAAAUGUUCCUGGGAAGUCUGAAUCAGACUUGGAAGAUAUUAAAAAGAAGUCGCCAGAAGGUUCUUCAGAAUGUUCUGUUGUUGAAAAUGAUUCUAAUCUGGAGAAUGUGGUCGAAGAAAAGCCUCUGGAGCAUGUUCCUAAGAAAACUGCAGAAAGGGUUUGUGAGUUCUGGGUGCAAGGGACGUGUGUCUAUGGUGAUCAGUGCCCUUACCUACACUCAUGGUUUCGUGGGGAUAAGUUCAAAAGGUUGGCAGAGCUUCAAGGGCACAACAAGGCAGUCAAUGGAAUUGCACUUCCUCUAAGAUGCAACAAGCUUUGUUCAGGUAGUAGUGAUGGAACAAUUCGGCUUUGGGACUGCCAUACUGGUCAAUGUGCUAAUGUGAUUAACCUUGGUGGGGAAGUUGGAUCUGUUUGUAGUGAAGGCCCAUGGCUCUUUGUUGGCAUGCCAAAUGUUGUGAAGGUGUGGAAUACCGAAUCAGGUGCUGAAUACAGUCUCAAUGGACCUGUUGGGCAAGUCAAUGCAUUGGAAUCUGUUUACAAUUUGCUUUUUGCUGGGGUAGAGGAUGGUGUUAUUUUGGCAUGGAAAGGCACUUAUGAAACUAACCUUACAUUUCAACUUGCUGCAACCCUUAAAGGCCACACACAUGGUAUAACAUCUUUAGUUGUUGGAGGAGGCAACAGGUUGUACUCGGGUUCCAAGGACCACACAAUAAGGGUUUGGGAUCAUGAAAAUUGGCAGUGUAUUAUGACACUGAAUGGGCAUGAUGAUGUUGUGAAGUCUCUCAUGUGCUGGGAUAAGUAUUUGCUGUCUGGUUCAUUGGAUUGCACGAUAAAAGUUUGGGCUUCUACUGAUGAUGGCAGCCUGGAAGUAAUCUAUACUCACAGUGAAGAACAGGGCAUCAUUGCACUUGCUGGGAUGACUGAUCCCGAUGUUAAACCAAUCUUGUAUUGCUCUUGUAGUGAUAAAUCUGUCCACCUCUAUGAACUGCCAAUAUUCACUGACAGGGGCAGAUUAUUUUCAAAACAAGAAGUCCAGACUCUUCAAAUAGGUCCUGGGGGCCUCUUUUUUACUGGGGAUCAGACUGGUUUGCUGACAGUGUAUACAUGGGUAGCAGACUAAUGGCUGAGACGUGCCCAAGACUAAGUACAGCAUGCUUUUUAUUAGUUAUGGCAAACAAUGUACAGUAUUUUGAGUACAUUUUCCAAUGUACAGUAUUUUGAGUACAUUUUCCAAUGUACAAUAUUUUGAGUUUAGAAAUUCAUGUUAUUAUGAAUAUUGUGGAUAAAACAAUGUAAACUACGUAAUGAAAAUAAAUAACUACAUAACCUAAGGAAAGGACUUUGGUUUACUGUUUUUGUCUACUGCCCCCCUUACGGGUGAACAAAGUUACAAAAUAAAGUGGGAUUGGAUGAUAUUCAAAUCACCUCUUCCCUUUAUUAGAUUUUUUUGAGGUCU